AUGGCUUCGCUCGCACUGUGUGCAGCUGCAGUACCUUUGGAUCUAAGCAGCGGACGAGUUACCCUGCAACUCGACCUCGACCUCGGCCAACAUGGCGCUUUCGCACAAGGAGGAGUGGCCGACCCAAUAUUCACAUUCACUUCCCAGCACCUCGUCCACGCAGAACCAGGACAAGUGGUCGACGAUGUUACUCCUACUGGCGGUCUCGCGGGAGCUUCCGGUACCUUCAACUUCGGCCUGAACUCCCACCUCAACAUGAUCUGCUACAACAUCACGCUCCACAACUUCCAAGGAGAUUUCGAGUCGCCCGCAAACACUGCGACGCAUAUCCACGAGGCCGCGCGGGGAGCUUCCGGUCCGCCACGAAUUGCAUUCCCGAACCCCGCGCCUGUCGAUGCGGCGGGUACUGUCAGGAGCACGGUUGGAUGUCUUACGGGACCUUUCGUCACGGGUGUCAUGGUGGAGGAUAAGGAUUCCGGCGAGGGAUUCCACGUUCAGCAGAUUGAAGCCAAUCCUGCCGCCUUUUUCGCAGACGUUCAUUCGAGUCUCGCGCUUCCUGGAGCAGUCCGUGGUCAGAUCGCAUAG